AUGACCUCGGUGGAGAGCCUGUCUAUCGACGAGGAAGGCGAGUGCCUGUGUCUGCCCAACGCCCACAAGUCGAGCAGCAAGCCCCUGGUGUUCUUCCGCGACACCAACGGCUGGUGCCCCUACUGCGCGCGCGUUUGGCUUGCGCUGGAGGAGAAGGGCAUCGAGUACGACUCCGUGCUUAUAGACCUGUAUGCCAAGCCUGACUGGUACUCAUCCAUGGUGCCGACCAACCUGGUGCCAGCCGUGAACCUGCUGCCCGCAAAGGCGUCCGGCGACUGGGGGGCCCCCAACGGCAACGGCGGCGGCCACCAGGACGCGGAGCCGCUCGUUGUGUGGGAGAGCAAGGACAUCCUGUUGGCCCUGGAAGAGCGCUUCCCCGACGCCCCCAGCCUGCUGCCCGCUGACGAGGCGGAUCGCAAGGAGCUGAUGUCAUUCCUGGACGAGCUCGGCGAAGCCGGCGUGGAGCGCGCGGGCUUCAGCUUCAUGACGGGCGGCCGCCUGCUGGGUGACAGCCAGGCGACCGCCAACCACGGCGCCGAGCUUGUGGAGUCACUCCGGGUCACCUUCCUGGAGAAGUUGUCCUGGCUUGAGGCCAAGUUUGCGGCGCGCGGGGGGCCCUACCUGAUGGGGUCCCAGUUCACCAUCGGCGACAUCAUGUGCAUCAGCUUCAUGGAGCGCCUCGCGGCGGGCCUGCCCAAGUUCCGCGGCCUGCAGCUGCGCAACCACCCCGACUUCCCUGCAGUCGCCCAGUGGCUGGCGGCCAUGGAGGCGCGGCCGACGUACCAGCGCGUCCGCAGCGACGACCAGACGCUGCAGUUGCUCUUCGCCCGCAUGAUGCGCGGCUCGACCGCCGCCGCCGACUCGGCCGCGCUGGCGUGGCAGCAGGAGCAGCGGCAGGGCGGCGGCGCGCUCGCGGAGGCGCGCGCGGAGGCGGCGGCGGCGCUGGAGGCGGGGCGCAAGGACCUGGUGAAGGCCCUGAUUCUGGGCAGCGGCAUAUGCAGGUACCAGGCCAACCCCUACGGGGCGACGCUGCUGUCAGUCAAUGGCCACCGCCCCACCAUGGCCCCCGCUGUCAUGGCCGCCAUCACGCUGCAGCUGGACCGCAUCAUCGCAACACUCAAGACGGGCGUCCCCGGCCCCCGCGCCGACGGCACUUCGGCCUGCGCGAUGGGCGCUGCCGCCGCUGCCUACCUGCGGGCGCGCCACCGCGACAUCGUGCAGCUGUCGCCCGCGGCGCAGGCGCAGCUGGAGCUCGCCUGCUCGCGCGUGCUGACGCAGACCUUUGCUGACCACGUGGAUCCCAUGCACUUUGAGCCAAUGGUGGCCCCGACUUUCUCCGACCCCGCCGCGGGCGCCGCUGACGCCGACGCCGCCGCGGAGGGCGCCGCGCGCCCGGCGUCGCCGCCGGCCGCGGCGGGUGGUGGCGGCCCGGGCAUCUUCAGUGACGCGGACCCUUUCGCUGUUGAGGCUGCGCUUAAGAUCCAGGUCAACAGGGAGGCCAUCCUCGAGGACAUCGCCACAAAGUCCGGCAUCGCGCGCCCCACCGCCUCCGCCUUUGGCCGCACCUUCGUGUCCUUCAACGGCGGCUCCCCGCGGCUCAACGCGGCGGUCAAGGAGGCCAUUGACCUCCACCUCCGCCGCCUGGCGGGCCUGCUGCUGACCGGCAACGCGGGCCCUAAGGCCGACGACCCGGAGGCGGCGGCCAUCGGCGCCGCGUCGCUGGCGUUCUUCCGCAACCGCGCCUCGGCGCCCCGCGACAUGAGCGCCACCGCCGCGGAGCGCUUCAGGGCUGCCUGCGACAAGGUGCUUCUGGACAUCUACUGA